UCUACCUGCUUGUGAAAGAAUUAUUUUACUCUCUGGAAUUUCCAUUAAACAGAUCUUGGAACAACAUCUUAAGUGGAGCCAUAGCAUUUCUGACCAUCAUCUUCAUCAUCAUCAUCAUCAAAACCCAGUGACAUCAUUAUCAUCACCUGAUCUGCAACAUAUUUUCCUGUCUUCAACCUCAUCACUUGUCAGUAACAUCAACACAGAACGCAUCAUCAAGGAGACCAUGAGCAGCAACUACAGCGCCACUCUCUUAGGCCCUGCCCCCUGGGGCUUCAGGCUGCAGGGAGGGAAGGACUUCAACAUGCCCCUCACCAUCUCCAGGCUGACAGAUGGUGGGAAGGCCGCUAAAGGUGGGAUUUCAGUUGGAGACAUGGUUCUAUCUAUUGACGGCAUCGCCACGGAGGGCAUGAACCACCUGGAGGCCCAGAACAAGAUCAAGAGCUGCACUGGUAACCUCACCCUCAACCUGCAGAAGGCCUCCAGUGUUCCUAAACCUCCUCCUGUGGCACCAAAGGACAACAGAUCAGACAUCAUAAAACCAGUGGCCCUCACCCAUCUGCCUCCCUCACCCCAUUCCCACCCUCACUCCACCAUACCCUACAAUAAGACCCCUAGACCUUACAGGGGUUGCGGAACAGAGAGCGAAUACCCGGCGCCACAGUCCCCCUUUGCUCCCUUCAUCCCAUCCCCAUCCUCUGCCUUCACACCUGCCUCCUCUCACACCAGUCCGCUUCCCCCUCCACCUCCUGUUUCUUACCCAUCGUCUUCUUCCUCCUCCUCCCCUCCUGUCCUCGUUCCACCCCAGCCAUCAGUGUAUAACACACCAAUCAACCUCUACUCCAAUGAGAACGCAUUUGAGGUGGCCAUGGGGCAGAGGCGGGGCCUAUUGGAGAGUCAGGGCGGAGCCUUGCCCUUGCAGUUUAAUGGAGUUCCAAGGAAACACGUUGUGGACACAGACAUCAAUUUUUACCAUGUGUCCACUCAUGCUGAUGCCAGCAGGCAGCGCAUAAUAGAGGACACAGAGGACUGGCGCCCACGCACCGGCACCACCCAGUCCAGAUCAUUCAGGAUUCUGGCUCAGAUCACUGGCACUGAGAAUGCUCCAGAUGAGGAAGCUGAUGGAGCCAAGAAGACAAAUUUCCCAGUCCAAGGCAAUACUCAUCUAUCUCAUAUGUCAGCAUGUCAUCAUGUACUUUCUACCAAACCAGUCAGGAGAGAGCUCCUGUCAAGUCCUCUGGACUUCCUGCCCAGAGCAGCUCCCUGCCCCCGUCCUCUCACUCCCAGUUCCCCCAGACAGCCCACACGAAACAAAAACGCUGAGCACCCUAGUCCAGUGCAGGCAAGAACAACUUAUCAGAGCAGUCCUGGGCCUCCUCAGAAGGCAGUGUCUCAGUCCUUAUUGGACGCCUUGCUCAUCAAUCCAAUCACUCAAGCUCCGCCACUGUACUUGAGGAAGAAGAAGAAGAAGAAGCAUCAUAGCGUCAGUGAGCUGCACCUGCCCAAGAACAAGAGUGAGGAGGGAGAGGAGCCAGAACUCAACAGCCAUGAGUCUGCAGUUGUCAAGACGAUGAUCAAAGGGUCUGCUGCAAACCAGGGCCACGGUUCACGGACUGGAUUGAUCACCCCAUCUUUUGGUAUGAGGGGUAAUGGAAGUGCCAGUGUGCCAAGGGGUCCUGUCCCAGCCCGACCUGUACCUCAGCCCCACCCUAAAGAUGAGGACACCCUGGUGCAGAUGGCAGAACACAUCCCUGCUGGGACUCGUACGCCCAUGUGUGCCCACUGUAACAUGGUCAUCAGGGGGCCAUUUUUGGUAGCAAUGGGGAAAUCAUGGCACAAAGAGGAAUUUAACUGUGCCCACUGCCGUUCAUCACUGGCAGAUACAGGCUUUGUGGAAGAACAGGGAUCUGUCUACUGUGAACACUGCUACGAAGAGUUCUUCGCUCCAACAUGCAGUCGCUGUCAGGCAAAGAUAUUGGGGGAGGUGAUAAACGCCCUCAAACAGACGUGGCAUGUCUACUGCUUCCUGUGUGCUUGCUGUCAGCGGCCAAUCAAAAACAACACCUUCCACCUGGAAGAUGGAGAACCAUACUGUGAACAAGACUUCUACAGUUUGUUUGGGACUGGCUGCCAUGGCUGUGAGUUCCCCGUUGAGGCUGGAGACAAGUUCCUGGAGGCCCUUGGUUACACCUGGCAUGACACCUGCUUUGUUUGUGCUGUGUGCUGCACCACUCUGGAAGGCCAGACCUUCUUCUCCAAAAAAGACAAACCUCUUUGCAAGAAACAUGCUCACACACUGAAGAUAUGAAUAUUGUACUUUCCUCACAAUUUUCUAGCCAUACAUUCUCUCUUGUUUGGGGGGUGGGAAUGCCUCUUCAUAGUACUGUAGUUAGUUCCCACAACAAUAAAAUUCACACAAUUCAACUCACACAAACAUAGUAGUGGCUCUUGCAGUUCAGAAUUACAGAAACACUGCUAUGUGUUAAAUACACUUAUUCUUGUCCCGGAUCCACUAUAAAACAUUUAUUAUUUUCUUUUGACACCUGCUUUCUGCUAUAAGCAGUAAAACAGACUGUAGUAAAGGAUCACUGUUUUUACCAAUUUUUAACAAAAGAUACUCUGAAAGAAGCACAUCAGUUAUAACGGAUUUUAAUUUUAAUUUUAUUUGUCCCUGCAUCCCGAAGUAGAACAGUUUUACUGCCAAAUGGUGCAGUGUAUGUGUACUACUAUUAGUAAAUCACCAAAUUCGCAUUUAAUAUUACAUAUGAUUUUGUGAUCCUAAUCUUUAUUUAUAAUUUAAACUUUAAUCUUAACAUUUGCCAUUGUAAGUCACUAUACAAAGUGGCUAACCUCUUAAAUCCCUCAACACUUAGACUGUACCAGAAAUGUGGGAAAAUUUAUAGUCAUACUCAUACUAUAUGAAUUAUUUUUGUUAGUCUUUGUGUUGUUUUAAUGAAGUUUAAAAAGAGAAUAUUAGCCAUCCGAUUUCCUGUGUUAAACUGUGUUGUACAUAUGUGUCAAAACCAUAUUAUAGACAGAAAUUGAAAAAUCAGAAUCUGCAUCAACACAUUUCCAGAAUAUGCUUGUGCAAGUUGUUUUAAUACAAGUAAGCUGGAUGUCUGGGGUGGUGGUGAAAGCUGUUGCCUUUGAUCCGUGCUUAAACAUAUCUGAACUUUUUUCUUUAUUUUUUAAAUGAAUUCUACGUGUUUUAUUUUCCAUUUGUUGUGCAAUACUGGUAACAUUGGCAAAAAUCUUACUAGUUGCAAAACAAAAGGUCACAUUCAGUAAUAUGAAUUUAGAACAGUGAGGCACUUGAGAAAGAUAGACAACGAGAAAGAGAAAUGGUCUUGAUUUUAUGGAGGACAGAAUUGGCUCUGAAUAUAAAUUAAAUAAAUACAUAUAAACACAAAUACAAAUAAAUACAAAGCAUAAUAUAAAUCCCAUAUAAAGUAUAUUUAUGUAUUUCUCCUUACUAUUAUAGACUGCCAUAUCUUGACAAUUGCAUAGUACUGGCAGAAAUAUGUUUUCUAUACUAAGUGCCAUAUAGUUUCCUGAAUCUUAUUUAUAUUUUUAUUUAUUUUGUUUCAUUAUUAUACAUAUUUAUAUUAUAAUAAUUGCAUUCAUUUCUGGUCGAUUCAGUCCUCCAUAUGCUUCAUUAAAGUGAGCAGCUCUUUCUGGCUUUCCUGCAGGAAAAUAUGAUCAAACAUGGAUACUAAAAUAUUUUAUUUUGUUUAUAGAGGAUAGAAAUGUCUUAUCUGACAAUAUGUAUUUAACUGUUUGGGUAACUGGUUUUUGCUUUUCAGGGCUCGGUGCAGGGAGUGGAUCGGGAGUAGUUUCUUCUGUGUUUUUAGAAUCUCACUUGAUUGUCCACUAAUUGUCCCAACAUGCUGAUUUGACGAUAUUUUCUUUUCAGUAUGGCUGAGGUGUACAUAUGGUAUAUUUUGUUUUGUUUUCCAAACACCGGAAUAAAUGCCAACAAAACUCAGUCAUUAAUUUCACACAAUAAUUAUAAAAGAAAGCUGCUGUUUUUACUUUUUGGGACAAAAUUGGGUUAAUACAAACAAAACUACAAUACAUACAAUACAUAUAUAUAUGUAUGUAUUGUACACUACAAUAAAAUUACACUACAAAAAACUACAAUAAAAUUGAUCUGAGUUGUCUAAUAAAUGGUGUGCUUUUAAAGAAA